AUGGGAGUUUGCACUUCCAAACCCAAAUCCACCCCAGAAUCCAAUUUCCACUCAUCAGAUGAAAUCAAGUCCACGCCUAAUGUACAGGAUAAGGAUAAUACUAUUUCUGGGAAUUUUGAGGAGAAGGGGGAUUCAGAGGUAGGUAAGAAAUCUCCAUUUUUUCCAUUUUACAGCCCCAGUCCGGCGCAUUAUUUUUUCUCGAAGAAGUCUCCGGCUAGAUCUCCAGCUAGUGGCACGCCGAGGAGAUUUUUCAAGAAGCCGUUCCCGCCUCCCUCUCCAGCGAAGCAUAUUCGGGCAGUGCUCGCAAGGCGGCAUGGAUCGGUGAAGCCAAAUGAGGCAGCGAUACCGGAGGGGAAAGAGGUGGCAGGGGCGGGACUGGAUAAGAAUUUUGGGUUCUCAAAGAAUUUAAACAAUAAGUACGAGAUGGGAGAGGAGGUGGGGAGAGGGCAUUUUGGGUAUACUUGUAGAGCAAAGUUCAAGAAGGGAGAGCUUAAAGGACAGGAGGUUGCUAUAAAGGUCAUUCCAAAAGCAAAGAUGACCACUGCUAUAGCCAUUGAAGAUGUAAGAAAGGAGGUGAAAAUAUUGAGAGCUUUGACAGGACAUAGCAAUCUUAUUCACUUUUAUGAUGCAUUUGAAGACCAUGACAAUGUCUACAUAGUGAUGGAAUUAUGUGAAGGAGGGGAGCUUCUCGAUAGAAUUCUAUCAAGGGGUGGAAAAUACACUGAAGAUGACGCGAAGACUGUGGUGACACAAAUAUUAAAUGUUGUUGCAUUCUGCCAUCUCCAGGGAGUGGUACACCGGGAUCUUAAACCAGAGAAUUUCUUGUUUACAUCGAAAGAAGAAAACUCACAACUGAAGGCCAUAGAUUUUGGAUUAUCAGAUUUUGUGAAGCCAGACGAAUGGCUUAAUGACAUUGUUGGCAGUGCAUAUUAUGUAGCACCUGAAGUUCUGCACAGAGCAUACAACACUGAGGCUGAUGUUUGGAGUAUAGGUGUUAUAGCAUAUAUACUAUUGUGCGGAAGCCGCCCAUUUUGGGCUCGGACAGAGUCUGGAAUAUUUCGCUCUGUUGUAAAAGCUGAACCAACUUAUGAAGAACAACCUUGGCCAAUGUUGUCUUCUGAUGCGAAAGAUUUUGUCAAACGUCUACUAAGCAAGGAUCCAAGGAAAAGAAUGACUGCAGCUCAAGCUAUGUGUCAUCCAUGGAUCAAAAAUAGUAAUGAUGUUAAAGUGCCUUUGGAUAUAUUAAUAUUCAAGCUCAUGAAAGCUUAUAUGCGAUCGUCUCCCCUCCGGAAAGCUGCAUUACGGUCUCUAUCAAAAACAUUGACCGUAGAUCAACUAUUCUACCUGAAGGAGCAAUUUGCUCUACUGGAACCAAGCAAAAAUGGCACCAUAAGCUUAGACAAUAUCAAAGAGGCCUUUAAGAAAAAUGCAACUGAAGCCAUGAAGGAAUCCCGCAUAUAUGAUUUUAUCUCUUCACUCAAUGUACUUCAGUACAGAAGGAUGGAUUUCGAGGAAUUCUGUGCUGCUACAUUAAGUGUGUACCAACUUGAAGCUCUCGACAGAUGGGAGCAACAUGCGCGUUGUGCCUAUGAACUCUUUGAGAAGGAUGGAAACCGGACUAUAAUGAUUGAGGAAUUGGCUUCGGAACUUGGCCUUGGCCCUUCUGUUCCUGUUCAUGCUCCGGUCUCUCAUGAAAGUUCAAUGACACUUUUGGUCCGAGUGAGAGACUUCAAGCCACUCUUAUCGAUUUUGGAGGACUGGAGUCACGAUUCCUGUAUUUUCAAUAAUGGCAUCCAAGAGUUUAUGUACCCUGUGUAA